AUGUUUCAAUUGUUUUCUAUUCUUCUACAGUAAAGAAAUGUUUCUUCAGAGUGAAGCAAAAGCAAGACUCGCAGCGCAGUUGGCUGAAAAAUAUGAUAUCAGAGGGUCCAGUAAACCGUCCAAAUCGUCUCAAAGGGAGAGGACAACCAUUAGUAAUACUAUCAACACUAUAUCAUCAUCCCAAGAGCAUACAAGUAAUGCUGCUUUGCUUCGUUCYGUUUUUGUUGAAAACCUCGAUCUUCUUGUWGUGUCUUCAGAGGAUCAUAACAUUUAUUUAUGGGGUUUUGAUGAGAAUGCUGUUUCGGUUUUGCAAAACAUGCGACCGGCAGAUGAGAGUCUUAUCAUMAAGUAUGCAAUUCUAUUAGAAGGAAAAAAUACGAUCAGGAAACCUGAAGAAGAGAAUACCGAAGACUCUGUCACCAAUCGCGUUGCUGGUUUUGUAUGUAAGCACGUUUUGACUGAGCAUACAAACUGUGUGACUGGCCUUGCUGUGGUUGGCAAGGAAGUUGGAUUUGGCACAACUUAUUUGAUCAGUGCUGGUUGGGACAGACGGAUUCUGCUCUGGGAUCUUGAACGGGCAAGAUUUCACGAUGCAUUCCGUAACACAGAUAGUAAAUCACACGAGAACGAAGAAUUGGCUUCUGAUGGGAUUAUUAUGGACUUGACUUACAGCGUGGAAAGAAAUGAGUUUGCAUACGCGUCAUCYGAUAAACUCGUGUACAUCCGUCAAUUUUCUGACAAAGGCGAUGAGAUGACAUURUCAGCAGUUUUACAAGGACACGAGGCAGAGGUUACUCAGGUAAAAUGGAGUUCAGUUUGUAGCAAAUGGGUGACUGGAUCGGAGGACGGUACUAUCCGUGUUUGGACAGCAGAUGGCAUGUCAUGUGAAAUGGUGCUGAGUGCUCUUGGUGCUGUUUCAGCAUUGUGUAUUGACCAGGUUAAUGGUUGUGUAGUGGCUGGUGUCCAGGAAGUCAUCAGAGUUUAUGACACUGAAGCUCGUAAAAUUGUCCAAAAGAAUGUUGGUCACACAGAUUCUGUMCGUUGUAUCAUUCACAUUCCAGAGCGUUCCCAAUACAUAUCCGCAUCGUGGGAUAACACUUUGAGGAUAUGGAAUGCUUACAAGAACACAGGAAGAAAAAGAGCCAACAAAGACUUUGUCAACAUGGUAGAUAAUGAAGACACUGAAGAUUUAUAAGAACACAGACUCUAAAGUUAAAAUAGUUUAAUCCAUUACUAGUUUGUGAAACCUUAAGAUUGUAGUAUYUUUCUACAAAUUAAUUAUUAUUUUUCGCAUAUUUUUGAAAGCAACAAGUUUAACACAAAGAGCUUUGAUACAAAACAUGUAAUUAAAUUCAUAUUUUAUUUUUCAAAUAAAUAUCAUUUAUUCAAUACAAAAUCCAUUUUUC